AUGGCCGCGAAAUCAGACGGUACAGCCGUUUCUUUGCAGAAUGACAUUCCGCCGACGUGCCUCCCUGGGCUGGAGAAGCGCUCUCCCCAGUGGCGUCCCGUCGGGAAGGAGUAUUCGCUCCUGGACUGCUGCUGGACCCUCUGCGCCCUCUUGGUCUUUUUCUCGGACGGGGCUUCAGACCUGUGGCUGGCUGCCGACUACUAUCUCAGGCGGAACUACUGGUGGUUCGCUCUGACACUGGUUUUUAUCAUCAUUCCGUCUGUGGUGGUGCAGGUGCUCAGCUUCCGAUGGUUCGCGUACGAUUACACUGACGCCAACGGGAGCGGCACGGCUGCGGCUGCCAUGGUAGCGGCGUCCAAUGCGGAGAGCCACUUCAGCACCAAGGACAGCGAUCAGCGGGGCGCUGGCCGCUCCGCUGCGGUCACCGGAUCCCGGAGCAGCGCUGAGAGCUGCUGCAGAGCCUGCGUGUGGCUCUUCCAAAGCGUCGUGCACGUUCUUCAGCUGGCACAGGUCUGGAGGUAUGUCCAUGCCUUAUAUCUGGGCGUGCAAAGCCGCUGGCGUGGGGACCAUGAGCACAAACACUUCUACUGGCGUACGAUGUAUGUCCAUGCCUUAUAUCUGGGCGUGCAAAGCCGCUGGCGUGGGGACCAUGAGCACAAACACUUCUACUGGCGUACGAUGUUUGAGAAUGCUGACAUCAGCAUGCUGAGGUUGCUUGAGACCUUCCUGAAGAGCGCACCUCAGCUCGUUCUGCAACUCAGCAUUAUGGUCCAGUCCGGCCAGGUCCUCCCUUUGCAGGGUCUGUCUGCGUCUGCCUCUCUAGUGUCUCUGGGCUGGAUGAUGGCAUCUUAUCAGAAGGCAUUACGGGACUCUCGUGAUGACAAGCUCCCAAUGUCGUAUAAAGCUGUGGUGGUGAACAUGCUGUGGCACCUGUUCACAGUGGGAGCCCGCGCCAUGGCCUUCGCCCUCUUCAUUUCCAUUUCCCAGCUCUACUUCGGCAUUUUCAUCAUGGCCCACUGGUGCGCCAUGACCUUCUGGAUCAUCCGAGGUGAGACAGACUUCUGCAUGUCCAAGUGGGAGGAGAUCAUCUACAACAUGAUGGUGGGCAUCGUGUACAUAUUCUGCUGGUUCAGUGUCCGUGAGGGCCCUACGCGGUGCCGUCUGCUUCUUUACAGCCUCAUAAUCCUGGGUGAAAAUGUGGCCCUCACUGCAGUGUGGUACAUAUACCGCAGCCAGCGCUCUGCAGACUUUUAUGCCGUGGUGGUGGUGUGCGUGGUGGCCUGUAGCUACGCCCUGGGCACAUUUUUUAUGUUUGUCUACUACUGCCUGUUGCACCCUGACGGCCCUGUGUCUGGGACCUAUAUUGGAUGUUGCGACGUCCAGGUGGGUGCUGUUUCAGAUCCUUGUGUCUCAUCUACCACCUCCGCUCCUCCUCCUCUGGAUGCGGUGAGCAGCCCGCCGCGGACUCUGCAGAGGACUAAAGGAGGAGAGUCAGUACCAGGAGGAGACGUUGGAGAAGUGUUUAAGAUGCGGACCCUUAAGGCCUCGCGAACUGCCGCGCCUCACCGCACCCCAAGGACAGAGGGGCCGGUAAUUCGUAUCGACCUUCCCAGGAAGCAGUACCCAGCCUGGGACGCCCACUUCAUUGAUCGCAGGCUGCGAAAGACCAUUUUGGUGCUAGAAGCCGCUUCUCCGGUCACACCGAGGAUCCAGUACCGCUGUCUAGGCACACUGAAGGAAGUGAUGGAAUAUGAGACGACAGUCUGAAAUGUUUUAUGUGUUAGUGUGCAGAAAAGUCAGUUGCGUCCAGCUUUAUUUGGUGAAGAGGAAGAGUUUGUCAGAUCUCCACAUGACCCCUUAUUGACUCUUGUCAUCAGUGGAAGCACAUGAUUCACUAGAGUCUAGAAAAGAGCCACCCUGUGGUGACUUUAAACAUUACUAUAGGUUAUUGAGUUAGGAGGUUAGGCAGGGGUCUGACCAAAUGAAUGAAAGAAAGCAGUGAGGCCAGGGUAAAUCUGUAAUGAGCAAAACAACAUAUCAGUGUGGUACAUUAACAGCAAUGGUGCUUAAACACAUCCUAAACACCGUUUCAGACCAUCCUAGGUGUUUUUAUAUCUCUCGUGGCAGCUGCCGUAAACAAAAAAUACUGAAUCCACUUGGUCGUAAUUCUGUGGGUAUUGAGGUUGUA